AUGCAACUUUUACUUCCGGUUGACUUCAGCUUCUGCACAAGGUUUUUUGGGUUUAGCAGUAUUCUUGCGUCGUGCUUCUGUUAUCCUACGUCAUCCGUGAGUUUUCUCAGCUGCAUUUGCACUUUGCAGUUCUAUAUCUCCCGGGGAUAUAUUUUGUUUGUCGUAUGUCCAUCCAGAAUCUCAACACAUUCGGUAAAUAUUAUAUUUUCUAUUUUGUAGUACUGAUCAUAUUGUAGAAGAUAGUUUUAUCAAAAUGGCGAUGGCGUCUUUUGCUUGCAUCAUAGUACGCAAUUAAUGUUUAACAACAUUUCUUUAGCAAGCUUUUCGAAAGUUAUCUAUUUUAAAAGAAGAAUUUUUAACAAUUAAAUAAGAAAUUUGAUGAGAUUUAAUGUGAAUAAAUUACUUGGUUUUUUUCAGACCCCUUUGCAGAUGCAAUCAAGGGUUCAGAUGAUGAUGUCCAAGACGGUCUCGUGCAUAUAAGGAUUCAACAACGGAAUGGUCGUAAGACCUUAACAACAGUACAAGGACUUUCAUCUGAAUAUGACUUGAAGAAAAUAGUGAGAGCAUGAGUUCGCCUGCAAUGGGACAGUAAUCGAACACCCGGAGUACGGAGAGGUGUUGCAGCUGCAGGGGGACCAGCGAGAAAAUAUAUGCCAGUGGCUAACAAAGUCAGGUCUGGCCAAACCUGACCAACUGAAAGUCCAUGGUUUUUAACUAGCAAACACCCAUGCCACUAUCUAAGAACACUCCACCUUCAUCAACACCUUAUCAUCUUAAAUUAUUUGUAUCAGUCACUAAUACUUGUUGAUACAUCGUGAGAUAUCCUAUUAUAUACACGUAUAUAUUUCAAUAAAAAAUAUAUAACAGUAACGAUAUAGGCACAAUAUUCUAAUCAGACAUUUGUAAGAUUGUAGGAAGCAAUAUUUUACAGCCUUAUGUUAGGUGUAAUCCAUUAAACUCAUCACAUUUUAAAGUAGUAGCGAUAACUAAUUAGUGAUUUGAGAAAAUACUUAUACAAGGAAUAGAUACAAAUAGCAACGGAUGGCUCUUUUUUUUGGGAUUAGGUAGUAUGUAUCUUGGCGCUAUAGAUGUGUUCAGAGAAAAGAGAGGGAGAGAGAUAUAUAUAUAAAAAAAAAUUAUUUUAGGUCCCAGAUUGGCUUAUUGUGUGUAAUGCUGAAUGCUUAGUUUUGUUUAUAGUAAGGGAACAGGCCUGGUUUUUUUACAUUGUCAUCUCCAAGUUUUGUGCCUUUAAUUCCAUAUUAAUUGUAUUAUUUAUUGAAAAGAUUGUCAUUUAUUGUAAUGAAUUUAUUUUGAAGGAGAAUUGCCAAUUUUUUCUUUUUUUGAAGCAGUAUUGACAACAUAAAAAUAACAAUUGUUUUAGAUAAAAAUGUGGCUGUUCUAAAUAAAUGGUAAUUCACCGCUA